AUGCGCUUUCAGUCAGCCGUUCUGCUGGCUGUUGUCAUCCCCCUCCUCCUUGUCUUGGGCAGUUCCAGCGCAGCCAUCAACUCAAAGCUGGCUCGUCGGGCUACCGAGAGCUACAAAACAGCUAAUAGACUCCUCAGGCCAGGCAAUACCGAUGGUGAAAGCAGAGUAGCUAAUAGGCUUCCUGCUGUUGAAGUAGUGAUCAAGGCUGCAGCACCGAAGCUGACAACUGCAAAUAAACUUCAGCUUCAGUGGUGGUUGAUGCAAAACAAACGCUCAGUCAAGGUUCUCAAGAAGCUUAACCUCGGUGAUAGUGUGGACGAUCUCCUGACCAACCCCAAGCUGAGUAUCUUGCAGCACUACAUCUCCAUGUUCAACCAGAAAAACCCGAAAAAAUCAGUGACGAUGGCCGAGACGCUCGCAAGCAAAUACGGAGAAGUUCAGGUGACAAAAAUGCUCGAGCUGGCAAAGACAUCUUCAACGUCGUCGGAGAGAACGAAAACACUGGCGACGGAGCUGCAGCUGGAGCAGCUCACCGUUUGGCUACACCAGAAAUUACCUCCCGCUCAAGUUUACAAAAACUUACAGCUCGAUGACCCGACAAUUUCGCACCAGUUUUGGAGGUUUGGAUUGGCUAUUUAA